AACCUUCCACCUGUUCUCAAUCACAAUCAGAUGUUCGAGGGAUCCUGUCCUAUAGACAGAACAAAAUGCAACUUGCGCACUAGAUUGGAGUGAAAGUGUGAAGCUUACAGAUUACGCGGUCAUGCCUUGAAUUUCUGGAGCGCGACCAACGCAGGGCAGUUGGACAGGGACAUCUCCUCCAAAGCAUCGGACUCCUCACGACAUGGGCCUCUUAUAUGGGAAGGGAGCAAUCUACCUGGCCAAUGCUAUUCUCAUAGCUUCUCUGCUCGUUUUUGCCAGAGGCUUCUUCCCUCACAAAGCGUUCUUGCCCGGACUGGCAACAUGGCCUCCCGACUCCGACGCGUCAGCAAGAUCCGCACCGUUCGACCGCGUCGUCUUCAUGGUCGUCGACGCUCUACGAAGCGACUUUGUCUACGGCAAUGCAUCCAACUUCGCCUUCACACAAGAGCUCAUCAAGUCAGGCGCGGCGCUACCGUUCACCGGCCAUGCGAGUCCACCUACCAUCACCAUGCCCCGAGUGAAAGCGAUCACCACAGGAUCAGUACCUAGCUUCGUAGAUCUUGUGCUCAACUUCGCCGAAUCCGACACUACUUCGACGCUCAAGGAUCAGGAUUCAUGGCUCGCCCAGUUGCGCGCGAAAGGUGGCAAACUCGUCAUGUACGGAGACGACACCUGGAUACGCUUGUUCCCGGACUUUUUCCACCGAGCAGACGGUACGACAAGUUUCUUCGUCUCAGACUUUACUGAAGUCGACAACAAUGUUACGAGACACAUUCCUUCUGAACUUGCGAGGGGAGACUGGUCCGCAAUGACCCUGCACUUCCUUGGUCUCGACCACAUUGGGCACAAGACCGGUCCAAAAGGUCCCAACAUGCCCGCCAAGCAAGCCGAGAUGGACGGCAUCAUCAAGCAGAUCUACACCGCGAUGCAAGACACAGAGCACAUGAAGUCAUGUCUGCUCGUUGUUCUUGGCGACCACGGGAUGAACGAAGGCGGCAACCACGGCGCAUCGUCCCCAGGAGAAGUCUCAACAGCACUGACAUUCAUUUCGCCAAAGUUCCAGGCCGCGUUUGACGGGCAGACGUGUCCCAUCCACGACGCGGUCGACUACAAGUACUACCACGAGGUCGAGCAGUCGGACAUGGUGCCCACGCUCGCCGCACUGCUGGGCUUUCCCGUGCCGCUGAACAACCUCGGCGUCAUUAUUCCGCGAUUACUUGACCUCUGGACCGUGCAACAAGAUCAGUACGAUCUGCUCUACGAGAAUGCACAGCAAAUCCACAGGAUCGCGCAGGCGACAUUCCCCAGUAACUUCGCCGACCAGUCAUCCGAGUGCUCUACGACCGCAGGAGACGACGCCGACAUCCUAGCAUGUCUGUGGCAGCAAGUGUCCAGCACACACACGACUCUCACAGAACCCAGUCUUCCUAGCGCAUUGACGAAUGUUAAGUCCUUCCUGUACAAAGCCCAAUCUCUUCUCAGCGGCACAGCCAGCAACUACGACUUGACGAGCAUGCAACUCGGCAUCGCACUCGCCGCCUUUGCACUAGUAUUGUGCCUGCCCACUUUCAUGCAAGGCGUGCUGCAAUCCGGCGUCGACGGGAUCAUCCUGGUAGCAGUCAUGCUCACCUAUGCGAUCACCAUGUUCGCGAGCAGCUACGUCGAAGAAGAGCAUCAAUUGUGGUACUGGAUGCAAGCAGCAUGGCUGGCCAUCCUAUUCUGCAAGGACGGCCGAUACACCUCCUACGCUACACUUGACGGCCCAACAGGCACGGCGCUAGCAUACCUGCUCCAAGGCGUGAUUCGGCGGUGGAGACAGACUGGGCAGAAAUACGCAGGCGAUCCGGAUCUCUUGUCUGAACUUGUCGUCCCUAACGCAUGGGUACUCUGGACGCUUGUCGUGUUUACGUACGCUCUCCCAUCGCGCAAUUUGAGCCGUCGCGCCGCACGGUGGUUAGGCGUGCGACAAAUGGGCGUGCUCCCCGUGUUGGUUGCCAUGUCGGCGUUUCUGUUCAAGAUUGCAUUCACCGCCGCUGACGCCCCGGAGCUCCUGAAGGCGUUCCCCCUGCUCAAUCCGCUUGUGCGGUUCGUCGCGCGAUACCCGCUCGUCAGCCUUGCGCGAGUUGUGUUCCUGGGUCUAGCGCACUUGCUCGGCUGCGCCAUUUACUAUGAGACACCCUGGAAAAGUGCAGAGCAUCUACACUCGUUCCUUGGCGCUUUUCAAGAUGUGCUAUCUUUGUUCCUCGUCACGCAGUCGCGCACCGUCUACGUGCCGCUGUACUUGUUCUUCAAUGUGCAAUUGUACCUGCUUCGACGGGGGAGAAGAUAUUCUGUCAGCGAGAUCACGAUCCUUGCGCUGCUGUUCCAGUACGCUUCGUUCUUUACGUUUGGCGGAACGAACUCCAUCGCUACGAUCGAUCUGUCGAACGCGUAUAAUGGCGUCAGCGGGUAUAAUGUGCUUGCAGUUGGAAUUCUGACGUUCGCGAGUAACUGGGCUGGCCCGAUAUGGUGGGCUUUCGCGGUGUGUCAAUUGUUCAGCUCGGCACAGUUGCGUGUGGGAGGGUACGAUUUUCUAUUGACAGCGAUGGCGACUUUUGCGUGCGUGCAUACUCUGGCCGUCAUGGUGGCGUGCUUGGUGUUGAGGGAGCAUCUGUUCAUUUGGACGGUGUUUUCGCCAAAGUAUCUGUACACUGCGGCUUGGGUGGUGGGUCAGCACACUGUUGUUAACAUGUUGGGCGUCGCGAGUCUUUUGUGGCGGAGUCGUGGAUAAAAUGGUCGGAAAAGUGUUUCAAUAUAUUACCCAGCGUAGACUAGAUGCCGCCAUUCCGCAUAGCUAUAUAGAUCCAUUUUGCGUUUGUGGUACAGCGAAAGCGUCGAACAACGCGCCUAUGCUUUCAGUAUCAUCUAUGGAGAUGACCUUGGAGACGUCUGGAACGUAUUAGCCAUAGAAAUGCCAGCAAAUCUGGGUCAGACUUACAUUGAUCUGGCCUCACGAUGACUGUUGCACCGAUCUCUGGGUCAAUGCCGUAUUUCUUGUAAGCAUGACCGUGG